AUGUCCAAAUCCUUCGAUGACUUUGUGAAGCAACAACAGGCUCAACAAAAGCCGAAAACGUUCGGAUACAGAAAUGCCAAUACUGGUGGGCAGCAAUACAAUUUUAAUAACACAUUUGUACCAGGCCAGUACCAGCCACAACAGUACCAAGGUUAUCAACCCACCCAAAGUCAACAAUAUCAAGGACAACCUUACCAAGGACAACAAUACCAGGGCUAUAAUCAGAACAGGCAUUACAACAAGCUGUCGCAAAGUAACCAAAGCUCAUCUGUUGCCUCACCUAUUGACUCACUCCCUACAAGUGGAAGAAGCACGCCUAACCCAAAUGCAUCCACUACUUCUUUAACUUCUUUGAACACUGCACUUUCAAAGUUGAAUAUUGAUGUCCCAUUUCAUGAAAAUUUGACCAAUAUAGAAAAAGCAAGUAAGAUUGGUGAGGUCAAGACCGAGGUUAACACGAUUGUGACCCAAAUCGCUGAACAAAACGACUUGGCAAUUAUCAAUGAAUGGAAAUUAAAUGAUAUUUUGAAAUCUUUAUUGAAACCGAAAAAUUCACCUUUGGUCAAAGAAGGUGCGUUACUUGUUAUUCAGCAAUUGGCAGUCCAAUUUGGUGGACAAACUCCAAAGGAAUGGCUUCUUUUGCAAUUCUUUGCAACAGCAUACGACAUGUUCACCGAUAAGGAUAAGAAUGUGGUGAAGGCAGCUAAGUCUGCUACAGAUGCAUUAUUUGGAAUCUAUCCUGUGGAAGCUUUAGGAUCAGUGGUAUUGGACGAGUAUUUAUCAAUCUUUAAAUCAGGUGCCAAAUGGAACUGUAAAGUUGCAGCUUUGGAAAAUUUCAAUAAAAUCAUCGAUACAAUCCCCGCUGAUAUCUUGGAAUUAAAGUUUGUUGAUGUGGUUCCGGUAUUGACAGAUUUAUCUACCGAUUUUAAACCUGAAUUGUCAAAGUCGGGAUUAUCCACAUUGAAAAAAUUUGUCAAGGUGUUGGACAAUUUAGAUUUGCAAAACAAGUAUGAUUUGAUUGUUGAUACGUUGGCUGACCCCAAACAAGUCCCCGAGUGCAUCAAGAACCUUUCGUCAGUCACUUUUGUUGCAGAGGUUACUGAACCAGCAUUAUCUUUGUUGGUUCCCAUUUUGGACAAGUCCUUGAAAAUGUCAUCUUCAUCGAAUGAACAAUUGAGGCAAACUGUUAUGGUUACUGAAAACUUGACAAGAUUGGUUAAUAAUAAGAGAGAGAUUGAGACAUUCAUCCCCAUCCUUUUACCUGGUGUCGAGAAAGUCGUCAAUAAUGCCUCUUUGCCCGAGGUCAGAGAGUUGGCUGAUAAGGCAUACAAAGUAUUGAAGGAUGCUGAGGCCGAACAAACGGAUGGUAAGUUUCAUGGGAGAAUCAGUUUAAAGGAAGCAGAAAACUUUUACACUGAUAAUUUACCAAAAGAGUUGAAAGCGCCAUCAUGUGUCAACAGUAGCUACUUGGAAUAUCUAGGCAAAGUCCUUCAAGUUGAUGCUCAUGUCAACGAUUGGAAGAGAUUGACUGAAUAUUUGACAAUGAUAUCCAAGGACGAAGCGUAUGCUCAGGCGGUCACUGCCAAUGUUAAGCAUUUGUUCAACCCAGAAUCCACUCUGGAUGGUGUUAAUGAUGAUGGUGCAAUUGAAAUCGUCAAUGCCGAUUUUUCUUUGGCAUAUGGUUCUCGUAUGUUGUUGAACAAAACAAACUUGAGACUUUUGAAGGGACAUAGGUAUGGGUUAUGCGGCAGAAAUGGUGCCGGUAAAUCCACCUUGAUGAGAGCCAUCUCGAAAGGUCAAUUGGAGGGAUUCCCUUCUGCCGAUGAGUUAAAAACAUGUUUUGUUGAGCAUAGAUUGCAAGGAUCGGAAGCAGAUAUGGACUUGGUUAGCUUUAUUGCUUCUGACCCUGAAUUGGCCAAUGUUGCAAAAGAUGAAAUCAAGUCUGCUUUGUUUGAUGUUGGGUUUUCUGAAGAGACCUUGUUGAAGAAUGUGGGAUCUUUGUCUGGUGGAUGGAAGAUGAAAUUGGAAUUAGCCAGAGCAAUGUUGAUGCAUGCUGAUGUAUUAUUGUUGGAUGAGCCUACGAAUCAUUUGGAUGUUGGAAAUGUCAAAUGGUUGGAACAAUACCUUAUUGACCAUACUGAAAUUACAUCGUUGAUAGUAUCCCACGAUUCUGGAUUUCUUGAUGCCGUGUGUACUGACAUCAUCCAUUAUGAAAACAAGAAAUUAGCAUACUACAAGGGUAACUUAUCUGAAUUUGUCAAGGUCAAACCAGAAGGAAAAUCUUAUUACACAUUGACUGAUUCCAACGUCAAGAUGGCUUUCCCGCCACCAGGGAUCCUUACCGGUGUCAAAUCAAGUACAAGGUCAGUUGCUCGUAUGUCGAAUGUGACGUUCACAUAUCCCGGUGCCGCCAAACCAUCUUUGAAUAACGUUUCUUGUUCGUUGUCAUUAUCUUCAAGAGUGGCCAUCGUUGGGCCCAAUGGUGCUGGUAAAUCUACCUUGAUUAAGUUGCUUACUGGUGAGUUAAUCCCAGCUGAGGGUAAAGUCGAAAAACAUCCAAAUUUGAGGAUCGGGUACAUUGCUCAACACGCUUUGCAACAUGUUGAACAACAUAGGGAAAAGACAGCUAAUCAAUAUUUGCAAUGGCGUUAUAGAUUUGGUGAUGAUCGAGAAGUUUUGUUAAAAGAGUCAAGAAAAAUAUCUGAUGAAGAGAAAGAAAUGAUGGAAAAGGAGAUUGAUAUUGGUGACGGUAGGGGUAAAAGACAAGUUGAGGCUAUUGUCGGAAGACAAAAGUUGAAGAAAUCCUUCCAAUACGAGGUCAAGUGGAAGUAUUGGUUGCCAAAGUACAACUCCUGGGUCCCAAGGGAAACUUUACUAAAAGAAGGAUUUGACAAACUUAUACAAAAGUUUGAUGAUCACGAAGCUUCAAGGGAAGGUUUGGGAUACAGAGAAUUGAGUCCGAAAGUUAUUCGUAAACAUUUUGAGGAUGUUGGUUUAGAUGGAGACAUUGCUGAUCAUACACCUAUGGGAUCCUUGUCUGGUGGUCAAUUGGUCAAAGUUGUUAUUGCCGGUGCAAUGUGGAAUAAUCCUCACUUGUUGGUCUUGGAUGAACCUACAAACUAUUUAGACCGUGAUUCUUUGGGAGGUUUGGCCAUCGCAAUUAGAGAAUGGUCAGGUGGUGUUGUUAUGAUCUCACACAACAAUGAAUUCGUCGGAGCAUUGUGUCCUGAGCAAUGGCAUGUUGAAAAUGGACAGGUUGUUCAAAAAGGAACUGUUGCUGUUGAUUCGCAGAGAUUUGAAGAUGGAGGAAAUGAAUCGGCUGAAGGGUCUCCAGCACCUGAGAUCAAGAAACGUGCUGAUGAUGAUGAUUCUCCUGCUAAUAUCAAAGUCAGAACUAGAAAGAAGAAGAUGACUAGAAAUGAAAAGAAAGCACAAGCUGAAAGAAGAAGAUUGAGGUACAUUGAGUGGUUGAGUUCGCCUAAGGGAACACCAAAACCAGUCGACACUGAUGAUGAAGAGGAGUAA